CAUUCCGCAAUUUCCGCCGCCGAAAGGAAAAGUCGACAGACGACGGAAAAGGCUUCGACUCGAUCGGCGGCCGAUGGAGCGCGAGUUGUUUUGAAGCCGCUUCGAGAGCGUCCGCGGACGUCGACGACCCGAGCUUUCCUCGCCCUUUGCCCUUCGCCCCUCGCCGAUGGCUUCGCUGGGGAACUCGGCGGCCGCUUCGUCGAGCGGCGGCAGCAGCCCCAUGGUGGUGCUGGCGCCCAAGACCAAGACGAAAAAGAAGCACUUCGUCCAGCAGAAGGUCAAAGUGUUUCGGGCCAGCGACCCCGUCCUCAGCGUCUUCAUGUGGGGCGUCAAUCACUCGAUUAACGAUCUGAACCAGGUUCCCGUGCCCGUCAUGUUGCUGCCCGACGACUUCAAGGCCAACACCAAGAUCAAAGUGACCAACCACCUUUUCAACAAAGAAAAUCUUCCCGGCCAUUUUAAAUUCAAGGAGUACUGCCCUCAAGUCUUUCGAAAUCUAAGGGAGCGCUUUGGUAUCGAAGAUCUGGACUAUCAGGUGUCUUUGACCCGCAGCCCCCCGACGAGGAGCGUCAACGACCAGGGGGAGGGGCUGCUCCUCAACUCGUACGACCGCACGCUCAUCGUCAAGCAAAUCUCCGGCGAGGACGUGGCCGACAUGCACAACAUCCUUUCCGAGUAUCACCAGCACAUCGUCAAGUGUCACGGGAGCACCCUGCUGCCUCAGUUCCUGGGAAUGUACCGGGUUACCGUGGACAGCGAAGAGACCUACCUGAUCGUCAUGAGGAACAUGUUCAGCCACCGAAUCGUGGUGCACAGGAAGUACGACCUCAAGGGUUCUCUGGUGGAUCGGGAAGCAAGCGACAAAGAACGAGGGAAGGAGCUUCCCACCUUCAAAGACGUGGACUUCAGGAACAACAUGCAGAAGGUCUACGUCACCGAGGAGCAGAAGGAGAAGUUCAUGGAGAAACUCAAUCGAGAUGUGGAGUUUCUGGUGAAGCUGAAGAUCAUGGACUACAGCCUGCUGCUGGGCAUCCACGACGUGGGCCGCGCCGAGAGGGAGGAAGAGGAAGGCGAAGAGGUUUCCAACGAGGAAGACGCCGAGGCGGAGAACGGCCUGGCCGCCGGCCCGCUCGCCGGGUCCUACGGCACGUCUCCGGAGGGCAUCGCCGGUUACAUGUCGUGCUGCAAACCUCUGGGACCCGGCGAGUUUGACCCCUACGUGGACGUCUACGCCGUGGCCAGCUGCUCCGGCGCCCCCCAGAGGGAGGUCUACUUCAUGGGCCUGAUUGAUGUCCUGACUCAAUACGACACCAAGAAGAAAGCGGCUCACGCGGCCAAGACCGUCAAGCACGGGGCGGGCGCCGAAAUCUCCACCGUACACCCCGAGCAGUACGCCAAACGAUUCCGGGACUUCAUCGCCAACAUUUUUGCCUAAACUAAACGCCGUACCAUCGACCAAAGCCAGCGUGCACGGGCCAUCGUUUGAAUGCGUGGAGAAAGGCUUCUUGCGUUGUGUCCGGACACUUUGGCGGGCUUCGUAUCGGUUUAUUUAUGUAGAAGAUUCGCUCGCGCUAUCCCGCCGAUGGGAAGAAACGUCCCGCCGGUGUCUUCCUCGUACAUUAAAAGACGAGUUGAUGUUUGAAAAAAGAACGGCCUCUUCGACGGCGGCCCUUCCGCUCAUUUCCACACGGGGGCGCUGUUACGCCCCGUCGUCGCGCUUCGACCGGUCAUUGAAACACCCGCUCGAAGCGGGCUGCGGUGCGUCGCCUUUGGCGACGCUUCUUUUUUUUGGGGGGGGGGGGGCACAAGAAUACGAAUGACGUCACCAUUGACUUUGUUUGCGGGCACGCCGACGCCCAGUUGCCAAAGUCGGAGCUUCGCAUUUGUCUUUCGGAAUCAAACCAUUUAGGAGCAGUUUUGGGGGCCGCGUGGCCCACUUGAAAGUCGCGCUCAUAUUCUGAUAUGAAUCUCAGUAGGGGGGGAAUCUGCGAUGUGAGCAAUGCCCCAAAGGUGUGCCACGUCCACAGUCACGCAUGCAGAAUUUGCAAUUGACUGCGAGAAAAAUGCAAGAAAUGAAUUUUUUGGACAACGCGACUUGUUCCUCAAGGAAUAUUUGACGUAGCAAUUGAAUAGAUGCGAUUUCAAUUCAAA